AUGGGGGAGAUGCAUGGCACCGGGCGCCUGGAGCUGGCAGGCGGUGCCGGGGAGUACGACGGCGGCUUUCAACACAACGCCUUUCAUGGCAACGGCUUGCUGAGGCUGUCGGACGGCUCCGUGUAUGAGGGGGAGUUCCGCGCGCACAAGUUUGAGGGCCGCGGGCGGAUGGUGGCGGCGCACGGGGACGAGUACGAGGGAGAGUGGCUGGCGGGGCGGCGCAGCGGGCAGGGCACCCGCCGUUAUGCUAACGGUGAUGUUUACGUGGUGAGCGGGGCCCGCUAG